UUUUUCAAGUAGUACAACAUGGCGACUAGUCAGCUUAUCGUUUUAUUUUCAAAUAGUGCAGCUGAGCGAUACAGGUCUGAGAGAUCUUCAGCUUAAUUGUUUUGUUUUUAGUAAAUCAGUCAGAUCACUGAUAGAGCAUGCCGGCCCCCCCGGUGGAACAUCGUUCGGUUACAUGGAUAUUAAAGCUGAUUCGCGAUAUCGGUCGAGGUAGACCAAUUGUGCUACCACAUAGAUAUGCUGAUGAUCAAUCUGAACGUACUCAACCACCACCGCAUAUACCAGGAGGUCCUUAUCAUAAAACUUCUCAAAUUUACUAUUACACUCACGAUGCGAGACGAGAAGUAAAACCACCAUUAGUAAUUAGCACAACAAAACAGAUUACAGCUAUAGAGAGUGCGCCCUCUACAGAAAAGAAAUAUUUUACUCCAGGAAAAAAUUACAGGUGGGAUUAAUACCAGUGUUAAACCAACAAUAGUGACUGCCAUAUUGCGAGUAAUUAGUGCAAUGUUGCCCAAUGAAAGAAUUGCUGUCUUAACCAUUAGUAUAUAGAAAAUAAACUAAGCUAUUUAAUGUAAA